CUGGCAUGGAGCGGGCCGGAAGUAGCCCCUAAGGUUGAAGGACGGCCAGUUCGUUACUAGUAUGGUGGGGCCUCUGUGCCGGCUGCAGGUUGCGGCCCGCGUCCUUCGUGCCAGAGGAGGGACAGGAGCGGCCUCGGGAGCCCGGCGCGCAAGUGGAGAGGCACAUGGUACCGUUCACUACCGCCAAUUUCCAGAGCAGACACGGUCUCAGCUGAUAAAGUCUGAAAUAAUUAGCAGCACCAUGUGGUUUUGGAUCCUGUGGCACUUUUGGCAUUCCCCUGAUGAUGUGCUGGGCCACUUCCCUUAUCCAGAUUCCUCUAAGUGGACAAAUGAAGAACUGGGAAUCCCGCCUGAUGAUGAAUAGACUUGAAUAAUUUCUUCUGAGAUAUCAUUACAUCUAAGAUACCAUCCCCUCUUGGCUACUACAAACAGGGUCAGAUUCCGUGGAUUCUAAGGAAAGGAACUGCCCGGCUUCCUAGACUGUCUGCCAAGCUAAGGUUCCACUAUUGUAUUAAACACGUUCAACACAA